AAUCUCGUAGAUGGUAAUGGACUGUGCGGAGGAGACGAGUCAAGUUAUUGGACAAGUAAUAGUCCUCGUUCUGAUACUCCAUCGCCAAGUCUUAUUGUUGGAAGGAAUCCAUUCAACACAUAUGCCAGCAUUAGUUUUAGCUCUGGAGACGUUUGCCAAUCGGCGUACCGUUCUGGAUGUAACAUAAAUUCUUCACGUUCCGAAGAUUCGGUACGGCAAAUAACCACGGUGCCGUAUGUUCGUGUUGUCAAAAGACGGACGACGGCAAAUAAGAAAGAGCGACGAAGAACGCAGUCAAUUAAUAAUGCAUAUGCAGAUUUACGGGAUUGUAUACCAAACGUUCCCGCCGAUACAAAAUUAUCAAAAAUUAAGACGUUGCGACUGGCCACAUCCUAUAUAGCAUACCUAACGGCGGUGUUAGAAAAUGACGAACCCGCUGGUGGAUUUAAGGUGGAAUUAAAUACGAGCCACAAAAGAUCAUCUUGUAACACAGUACAGCCCGCCGAUUGUUCUCGAGUGAUCUCAGAAUGUGAUAUUUCGGUAAGUGCCUUUUUCCGCCACUCGAUUAUAAUUACAUUAUGCUGAAUGCUUCACGUGCCACCCUUCUUGUUAUAAUCAUUUAUGGAAUUAAGUUAUCUGUUUAGGGUUUGAAAAUUACUUUUAGGGUGAAGGGUGGUGAUUGUAACCGUCAAGUGAAAUGCACGUGCCUAAUAUUGCUCUAUUUAUAGGAGGUGGAUCAUAAUUAUCCAUUAAAUGGGAGAAACAUUAUGCUUAAUGCAGUUAGUUAGGGUAAACUAUUCAAUUAUAGAGAUUGAUAAGUUAGGUACGUCAUGAGCAUAAAUUUUAAUUUUGGCAUACUCCAGACGAUAUUCUAACAGACCAAAUCCAUCAAUUCGGCGUUUAAGAGAUUAGACAUUGAGAGUUAUUCUAGGAUUAGGAAUAAGAUCAAUACCAAUAACUUUAAACGAAGAAACUCAUUGUGGUUAAGAAUCAUGUCUUUGCGCUAAGUAAAGGGUGUAUUUUUUAUAAAUCACAAGCUAGGGCUCAAAAACUUUUGAAUAAACAUGUAAAAAAAACACCUCUCUACACAGACAGAUUUUGCAGAUAUAUAGACUAAAGGGUCGAAUCAACCUUCCCAAUAUAAUGGUAAAGUUAGCUAUGAUUACGAAAAGUGAAGAUAGGCCAAUUAUUUUUUUAAUUUUUGAGUAGGGUAAAAGGGUAAGAGCUACAGUAGCCAAUUUUUAUCACUUCUGCCAGAGUUCCGCAGGCUACAUUAUUUAUUUUUAGGUCA